UUUGGGGCAAGGUGAAGACGGAGCCGGACCUGGGAUUUAUUUACUGAGCUGGAUUUGCAUGCUACACCAUGCCUUCUCGGAUCGGGGCUCUGCUUUUCUCUUUCACCGGGCUGCUGCUAUCACUUUCAGUCAAGGCGGAUGUUAAAGCUCGGAGCUGCAGUGAGGUCAGGCAGGCUUACAGUGCCAAAGGAUUCAGCCUGGUCAAUAUACCCUAUCAGGAAAUAGCAGGGGAACACUUAAGAAUCUGCCCUCAGGAAUACACAUGCUGCACCACAGAAAUGGAGGACAAAUUGAGCCAACAAAGCAAGCUGGAGUUUGAAAAUCUCGUGGAAGAGACAAGCCAUUUUGUGCGCACCACCUUUGUGUCAAGGCACAAGAAAUUCGAUGAAUUUUUUCGAGAGCUCCUAGAGAAUGCAGAAAAAUCACUAAAUGAUAUGUUUGUCCGGACAUAUGGAAUGCUAUACAUGCAGAAUUCUGAAGUAUUCCAGGAUCUGUUUGCAGAAUUAAAACGAUACUAUACUGGAGGUAACGUGAACCUGGAGGAGAUGCUGAAUGACUUUUGGGCUCGGCUGCUAGAGAGAAUGUUCCAACUCAUAAACCCUCAGUAUCACUUCAGUGAGGACUACCUGGAGUGUGUUAGCAAAUACACCGACCAGCUGAAGCCCUUUGGAGAUGUACCCAGGAAACUGAAGAUUCAAGUCACAAGGGCCUUCAUUGCUGCUCGGACUUUUGUCCAGGGACUGACUGUAGGCAGAGAAGUUGCAAACAGAGUUUCCAAGGUCAGUCCAACCCCAGGGUGCAUCCGAGCACUAAUGAAGAUGCUGUACUGCCCAUAUUGUCGAGGACUUCCCACUGUGAAACCUUGUAACAACUACUGCCUCAAUGUAAUGAAGGGAUGCUUGGCAAAUCAGGCUGAUCUCGACACAGAAUGGAAUCUCUUUAUAGAUGCCAUGCUCUUGGUGGCAGAGAGGCUAGAGGGGCCAUUCAACAUCGAAUCGGUAAUGGAUCCUAUUGACGUCAAGAUUUCUGAAGCCAUCAUGAACAUGCAAGAAAACAGCAUGCAAGUAUCAGCAAAGGUCUUUCAGGGAUGUGGCCAGCCCAAGCCUGCUCCUGCUCUGAGAUCAUCCCGUUCAGCUCCUGAAAAUUUUAAUACCCGCUUUAGACCAUACAAUCCUGAAGAAAGACCGACCACAGCUGCCGGCACAAGUUUGGAUAGGCUGGUUACAGACAUAAAGGAAAAGCUGAAGUUGUCCAAAAAGUUCUGGUCUGCUUUACCCUACACUAUCUGCAAGGAUGAGAGAGUGACAGCUGGCACGUCAAAUGAAGAGGAAUGUUGGAAUGGACACAGCAAAUCCAGAUACUUGCCUGAGAUCAUGAAUGAUGGGCUGACCAAUCAGAUCAAUAAUCCAGAAGUCGAUGUAGACAUCACUAGACCAGACACUUUCAUAAGACAACAGAUCAUGGCCCUGCGAGUAAUGACCAACAAGUUGAAAAAUGCGUACAAUGGAAAUGAUGUGAAUUUCCAAGACACAAGUGAUGAAACCAGUGGCUCGGGCAGUGGCAGUGGCUGUAUGGAUGACAUCUGCCCAACUGAGUUUGAUUUCGUCACCACUGAAGCACCCCCUGUCGAUUCAGAUAGGAGAGAAGUGAACUCUUCUGCCGACAAGCUCAGCUCCUCACUCCUCACGUGGUCUAUCCUCUUCAUUGUCCUCUUACUGCAGAGACAGUGGAGAUAAUCCUGGAUUUUGGUCAGAUAAACUGAAUUUUAGCUAUAUGAACAGCCAACUUCUUCUUUUUCUUACAUUAUUGGACAAUGGACCAUGACACAAUACUUACAGUUUUCUAUGAGAAGAGAGCAGUACUACAAUCUGCUUCCCUUUUUGUUUUCCCAAAGAGUACCGGGUGCCAGACUGAACCGCUUCCUAUUUCCUUCAGCUGUCUGUGGAGACCAUGUCUAUUCUUGAGUGAAUUCUUACUCAAAUCUUUCUUACCAAGGGACUUUCUUACCUUCAUUUGCUUCUAUGCUGCAGAAGUAAAGGGAUCUCACAUUGUGGGGUUUUUAUUUCCUUUCAAAAAAAGGGGGGGCAAGGAGGGAGUGGUAAGGGAGAGCAAGAUAAAAAGAAAAUAGCCUUUCUUCAAAAAUCAGGCAAAAUCCCAAGGCUGUUGCAUUUUUAACAAACAGGCAAAGGAAGAUAGAAAAAAAAAAGAACCUAAAUGAUAUCAUUUCUUUAUUGACAGCCAAGCCCUCUAACAUGGGCUUCUUUAUGGCAAUUCAGGUCUAUAAAAUGGUAAUUGGAAGAAAGUUUGGAAUUUUUUCUAAGAAAAAAAACGUAGUGAAAAUACAUUAUGUCUCAGUGGUGAAUGUCUUACACUCUUGGCCACCAACACUAUCUAAUUGGUUGGAAUGCAUUGAAACUGACAAUUAGAAAAUAAUCUUUAGUAGUAUACCAACACCACAAAGAGUUCAGUAUUUCCUAUUACUUGCCAUUUAGGAUUCACAUCAACCUGCCCAAUAUACAUUUCAAUAGCAGCACCAUUUUUCUAAGCUAUUUAGUCUUUCUCUUUGUUAUCCACUUGGCACAGGAGUUCCCUCUCCUUUGCACUACCCUUGACAAAUCGUCCCUCUAAGAUUUGGACUGAAAAAUAAUCUCCAGUAGUAGAAUCCAACAUUUAUUCAGUUUUUCUGCUCCUGUGCUUACUACCCUCCCAAAAUGACAGUUCUUUCAAUGGACUGAUAAGCAAUUGGAUCCAUAUGCGAGUUUUCAUAUAUAAAGACUUCCUUUGUGUUGGUUGGUUUCUGUAUCCCAAGGGCAUUCGAUUACAAAACAAACAGAUAAGAUAAAAAAAAAAAGUAAUAGUAUUGACAUGGAGAUUUCUUUCACUUUUUUAGUCUUAGUAUGAUCAUCUAUUUUUAUAUAUAUUAUAUAUAUAAAUCACAGAUUUUAACUUCUUAACUACAAGCUCAGGGUUGACACACCUUUGUAACAAAAAUGUUUUGUCAACCAGCUCUUCUUGUCUUGUGCUGCUCAGAGAAGUGAUUUUUUUAAAUGACCUAUGAGCACUGAGAAUCAAGAAAGAGAACUUUUUCUGUAUCUAACUGUCAUUUUAUUAAAAGUUCACCAGAGGACACCCUCUUUCGCAUGAAUGUGAUUUGGCUUGGGAGUGCUCCAGAUCAGACAGGGCAUAUGGGGAGAUCCAGGGCACUGUAAGACUUGACUGGUGAUGGUAAAUGUGUGCAUAGAGAAUGUCAUUCAUUGAAAGUUAUUGCUUUUAGGAACAAGGUCUUUGGUCUAAAAAUCCUGGUGUGGUGUGGACCCAUUACCUUAAUUGAGGAUGAGGGAAAGGAGUCCAAAGCCCUGGCCUAAUCUGCAUCAUGAAGGCCAAAAUCAGAUGCUACCAACCCCUCAAAGGAAAACAUGACAAAACACACACACACACACACACACACACACAAAUGAACAAAACCCCCAGGGGACAGUUGGAGGUGGGGUGGAGUUCCAUAAAAAUUAAUUGGUUUUCCAAGUAUUUCUUGGUUUAUAUGAUGAAUCUGGAGUUGGUAAAGUUAGUUUCAGAUACUACAAAG